AUGUAUUUGGAAACUAGAAGGGCUAUUUUUGUUUUUUGGAUUUUUCUCCAAGUUCAAGGAAUCAAAGAUCUCUCCAUUAAAAUAUACCAUUCUGAAUCUAAAGACUUAGACAAUGCCCCAAGAAUCGAAACAUCUGAAAGUACUGCAAAAAUGUACAAAGUGUCAACCAUGAAACGAAUAUUCGAUGUGGCCAAGCGUCGAACAAAAAGGUCAACAUUUUUCCCAACUGGUGUUAAAGUCUGUCCACAGGAAUCCAUGAAACAGAUUUUAGCCAGUCUUCAAGCUUAUUAUAGAUUGAGAGUGUGUCAGGAAGCAGUGUGGGAAGCAUAUCGGAUCUUUCUGGAUCGCAUCCCUGACCCAAGGGAAUACCAGGACUGGGUCAGCCUCUGCCAGCAGGAGACUUUCUGCCUCUUUGACAUUGGAAGAAAUUUCAGCAAUUCCCAGGAGCACCUGGAUCUUCUUCAGCAGAGAAUAAAACUGAGACACUUCCCUGAGAGAAAAGAUGAAAUAUCUACAGCGGAGACAUUCGGAGAGCCUGGGGAGACCCCUGUGUUUUCUACAGAUGUUGCCAAUGUCUCCGUUGGACCCUUCCCUCUCACUCUGGAUGUCACACUCUUCAGUGACACCAAGAAGCCUACAAUAGAAAGAAAAGUUGAAUCCACUAAGGUAUCCAAGGGCCCACUGGAGCAGAAGGUGGAGCUGAGCAUCACUCUGGCAAAUCAGAGGUUCAAGGCAGAACUCACUGACUCCCAGUCCCAGUAUUAUCAGGAGCUGGCAGCAAAGUCUCAACUCCAGAUGGAAAAGGUAUUUAAGAAACUUCCAGGAUUCAAAGAAAUCCAUGUGCUAGGAUUUAGACCAAAGAAAGGAAGAGAUGGUUCAAGCUCCAUAGAGACACGACUUAUGGCCAUCUUUAAGAGAGACAGUGCAGAAGUAAAAAGCCCUGCAAGUGACCUCCUGUCUUUUGAUUCCAACAAAAUUGAGAGUGAAGGAGUCCCUCAUGGAAUGAUGGAGGAGGACAAGCAACCAGAAAUCUAUCUGACAGCUUUAGACCUCAAAAAACUGAUCAGCAGAGCACUGGAGGAAGACAAAUCCUUGGAUGUGGAAACAAUUCAGUUCGCUGAUGAAUUUUUUGGGUCAAUGCCAGGCUUCGAUCCUGACUUCCACUCAGUGCUGCCUACACUCCUUGCUGAUAUCACAAAGGAUGCUACUUUGAGUCCAGAACUUCCUCUUGGUCAAUCCAGGCUUGAGACAGUGGGCAGAACAGGACACAGUAUACCUGACAGUUCUUGGUCUUCACCUGCUAAGGCCUCUGCUUCGCUAUCAGGCACUCUACCUUUCUUUACUGCAUCCAGCAUCUUCUCUCUGACUGAUCAAAGUGCCACAGACAUAAUGCCCGUUGACCAGACAGUACUAAUCCCAGAACUAAACCCCACGGAUGGCUAUUCUGCCAUCAGCCAGUCAACUCUGGAAAUUUCACAUUCAACUGCAUCUUCAGGCAGCCAAGAUAUUGUGAGAGACUUAGACAUAAUGGCUCUAACUAACACUCCUGCCUCCUCUGAGGUACCAAGACUCAGUGUGGAUGUUUCUACCCCAGGUCAUUUCUUGGAGACUACCACUCCCAAUCCAGCUUUACAGUACAUCACCACUAACUCUAUGACCGUUGCCGCCAAGGGCCAAGAACUGGUAGUCUUCUUCAGUCUGCGAGUCGCUAACAUGCCCUUCUCCAACAACCUGUUCAACAAGAGCUCUCUGGAGUACCAAGCUCUGGAGCAACAAUUCAUACAGCUGCUGGUUCCCUAUCUACGCUCCAAUCUUACGGGAUUUAAGCAACUUGAAAUACUUAACUUCAGAAAUGGGAGUGUGAUCGUGAAUAGCAAAAUGAGGUUUGCUAAGUCGGUGCCCUAUAACCUCACCAAGGCUGUGCAAGGGGUCUUGGAGGAUUUUCGUUCUGCUGCAGCCCAGCGACUUGACCUGGAGAUAGACAGCUACUCUCUUGACAUUGAACCAGCGGAUCAAGCAGAUCCCUGCAAAUUCCUGGCCUGCGGCGAAUUUGCCGAGUGUGUGAGAAAUGAGCGGACCGAGGAAGCAGAGUGUCGAUGCCGACCAGGGCACGAGAGCCGGGGGCGUGGGCACCACCGGGACCCGGGCCUCUGUGCCCCCGCAGAGGAAUGUGAGGUCAUCCAGGGAAAGGGAGCUCCGUGCAGAUCGCCGGGUGACUCUAAAAAUCAAGCAUUCAAAACUAGUGUUAAGAAGUUGCAACAUCAGCAAAAUAACAAGAUAAUCAGGAAAAGAGAUCCUGAAUUACUGACUGGAGGAUAUGAAGAAUUUAACUAUCAAGAUUGGGAAGGAAAUUAAAAACUAAAAAUGUACAGAUUAUAACUUAAUCUGUCUCAAGAGAAAUGGGUCUGUUUUCUCAAGAAAAAUUGUAUCCACUCUGUUAAAAUUCUGAAAACAUGUGCAGGCAUAUUCACUGGUCAUCAGAAUCCAGGCAUAUAGUGUCAACAUUGAGAACCAAAACACACAAUGUUUCAAAUAGAGAAGCAUCAUGUACUUGAUGAUUGGUACAUUCUGCAGAAAAAGAUGCUUAUUAUCAAAACCCAAAAUUAAAACGUAUUUCAGCUACUCCUGACUGAUAGUCAAAGCAAUAGCAAGACAGGUCUGCUUCCAGCUACCCUUAAAAUACUGCUGAUAGAUCAUAUAUAAGUGCAACUUACUCAUUGUUUAGGGGAGGUUGAACAAUGUAUCAUGAAGCAAAGCUCUUCAUGUGUUACAAUGUUCAUAAAAGAUGACUGUUACGCAAGGAGAUGCAGGUCUCUCUGAAUCAUGGACGUAUCCAGUAUGUAAACACUGGUGGGGGUAUAUUUGUUCCACACUUCAAUGUCUGUCACACACACACACACUAAGACCUUCAGUCUUAAGCACACUAAUUUUAGAAGAAAUUAGUGCUUACACAGUAGAUCGUAUUGUUGCCAAUAAUUUCUAAAUUGUUCCUUUAAAAGAAAAAGGAAGUGGGUUCACAUAUACAUACCAUGAGAAAUCUCUUCUUGUGACCGCAUAAAGCUAUGUUAAAGGGGGAGAAAAUGAUGUUAUGCUUUGUCACAUAACCAAUGCCUGUUUUCCAGCACAGAUGAACUAUGUCUGCCUUUAAUUUAGUAACUCCAUUGAAUCCUGCUGGGCACUAACUUCCCUGUGUACACGGGUAGAUUGGCAUCAAGGUAAUCCAUUUUAGUCAGUUUUUAAUGUGGUACCUCACUAUUAAUAUAUUUGCUGCAAAACCUUAAUUGCAAUAAAAUU